CUAAUUGCUUGCAAGCAAGCAGGUUGGGUUCCAGGCUCACGUGACGAGUGGGGCAUGACCAGAAAGGAGCGUGGGGAAGAGUAGAACCAAAGACUCGACUAGAGGCUGAUCUGCUAGAGUUCCUGGGUCGCUGGAAGCCAGAGAAAGCAAGAGCACAGAGAGUAUGGUUCUGCGGCGAACGAGGUCAUGAUGUCGCCACUGCUGGGCCUGGCUCUGUGGCCUCUGCUCCUCCAGCUCUUUCAGCCAGGGCUGGCGUACUGGGCCUCCCAAAUGAGUCAGAACUGCCACAAUGGUAGCUACGAUAUCAGUGUCCUCAUAAUGAGCAACUCUGCCUUCCAAGAUUCCCCGGACACCUUGAAAGCAGCAGUGAAUAAGGGAUUGGACAUUGUGAGGAAGCGUCUGCAGGAAGCUGCCAUGUCUGUCACUGUGAAUGCUACCUUUAUCAACUCAGAUGGUCUGAUUCACAAGUCAGGUGACUGUCGGAGCAGCACCUGUGAAGGCCUGGAUCUGCUCAGGGCCAUGACAAUACAAAAGCAGAUGGGCUGUGCCCUCAUGGGGCCCUCAUGUACAUACUCCACCUACCAGAUGUAUCUAGACACAGAAUUAAACUACCCCAUGAUUUCAGCUGGAAGUUUUGGAUUGUCCUGUGACUAUAAAGAAACUUUAACCAGGAUGAUGUCACCAGCUCGGAAGUUGACGUACUUCUUGGUUGACUUUUGGAAGGCCAAUAAUCUGCCAUUCAAAAAGUUUUCCUGGAAUACUUCAUAUGUUUUCAAGAAUGGCACAGAGUCUGAGCACUGUUUCUGGUACCUCAACGCUAUGGAGGCUGGAGUUUCCUAUUUUUCUCAAGUACUCGGCUUCAAAGAUACCUUGAGAGGAACUGAUGACCUUCGAAAGAUCUUAAAAGACCCUCACAGGAAAAGUAACGUGAUUAUUAUAUGUGGUACACCCCAGACCGUGGAAUCCCUGAAGGUUGACUGGACAGUGGCGGAAGACAUUGUCAUCAUCCUGGUGGAUCUAUUCAAUAACCACUACUUUGAAGACAAUGUUACAGCCCCUGAUUACAUGAAAAAUGUUCUUGUUCUGACACUGCCUCCUGGGAAUUCCGUCAUAAAUAGUUCUCUCUCCAAAGGGUUUUCACAGGGUUUCACUGGCUUUGCCCUUGCGUACCUGGAUGGAAUCUUGCUGUUUGGCCACAUGCUGAAGACAUUUCUUCAGAAUGGAGAAAUUAUUACCACUCCCAAAUUUGCUCACGCUUUCAGGAACCUCACUUUUGAAGGCUCCACAGGUCCUGUGACGUUGGAUGACUCUGGGGAUAUCGACAAUGUCAUGGUGCUACUGUACACGUCUGUGGAUACCAAGAAAUACAAGCCUCUUUUGACUUAUGAUACCCACAAAAAUCACACUACCCCAAUGGAUGUAAGCCCCACAUUCAUCUGGAAAAACCAUAAACUUCCUAAUGAUAUUCCUGGGCGAGGCCCUCAAAUCCUGAUGAUUGCUGUCUUCACGCUGGCGGGGGUGCUGGUGCUGCUCUUACUCAUCGCCCUCCUGGUUUUGAGAAAAUAUAAAAAAGACAAUGAACUUCGUCAGAAAAAAUGGUCCCACAUUCCUCCUGAAAAUAUCUUUCCUCUGGAGACCAACGAGACUAACCACGUUAGCCUGAAGAUUGAUGAUGACAAGAGACGAGAUACAAUCCAAAGGCUGCGACAGUGCAAAUACGACAAAAAGCGAGUGAUUCUCAAAGAUCUCAAGCACAGUGAUGGCAAUUUCAGUGAGAAACAGAAGAUAGAAUUGAACAAGCUGCUUCAAAGUGACUAUUACAACCUGACCAAGUUCUACGGCACAGUGAAGCUUGAUACCAGGAUCUUCGGAGUGAUAGAGUACUGCGAGAGAGGGUCCCUCCGGGAAGUGUUAAAUGACACAAUUUCCUACCCUGAUGGCACAUUCAUGGAUUGGGAGUUUAAGAUCUCUGUCUUGUAUGACAUUGCUAAGGGGAUGUCAUAUCUGCACUCCAGUAAGAUAGAAGUCCAUGGUCGUCUGAAAUCCACCAACUGCGUCGUAGACAGCAGAAUGGUAGUGAAGAUCACGGACUUCGGCUGCAAUUCCAUUUUGCCUCCAAGAAAAGACCUGUGGACAGCCCCUGAGCACCUGCGCCAGGCCAACAUUUCUCAGAAAGGAGAUGUGUACAGCUUCGGGAUUGUCGCCCAGGAGAUCAUCCUGAGGAGGGAAACCUUCUACACCUUGAGCUGCCGGGACCAGAAGGAGAAGAUUUUCAGAGUGGAGAACUCUGAUGGAUUGAAACCCUUCCGCCCAGAUCUGUUCCUGGAAACAGCAGAGGAGAAGGAGCUGGAAGUGUACCUACUUGUAAAAAGCUGUUGGGAGGAAGAUCCAGAAAAGAGACCAGAUUUCAAGAAAAUUGAGAGCACGCUGGCCAAGAUGUUUGGCCUGUUUCACGACCAGAAAAAUGAAUCCUACAUGGAUACCUUGAUCCGACGUCUACAACUAUAUUCCCGCAACCUGGAACAUCUGGUAGAGGAAAGGACACAGCUGUACAAGGCAGAGAGGGACAGAGCUGACAGACUUAACUUUAUGUUGCUGCCAAGGCUGGUGGUAGAGUCUCUGAAGGAAAAAGGUAUUGUAGAGCCAGAACUCUAUGAGGAAGUGACCAUCUACUUCAGUGACAUUGUAGGUUUCACUACGAUCUGCAAAUACAGCACCCCCAUGGAAGUGGUGGACAUGCUUAAUGACCUCUACAAGAGUUUUGACCAGAUUGUUGAUCAUCAUGAUGUCUACAAGGUGGAAACCAUUGGAGAUGCCUACGUGGUAGCUAGUGGUUUGCCUAUGAGAAAUGGCAAUCGGCAUGCAAUAGACAUUUCCAAGAUGGCUUUGGAUAUCCUCAGCUUCAUAGGAACCUUUGAACUGGAGCAUCUUCCUGGCCUCCCAGUAUGGAUUCGCAUUGGAGUUCACUCUGGUCCCUGUGCUGCUGGAGUUGUGGGAAUCAAGAUGCCUCGUUAUUGCCUAUUUGGAGAUACUGUCAACACAGCCUCUAGGAUGGAAUCCACUGGCCUCCCCCUGAGGAUUCACAUGAGCAGCUCCACAAUAGCCAUCCUGAGGAGAACUCAGUGCCAGUUCCUGUACGAAGUGAGAGGAGAAACAUACCUGAAGGGGAGAGGGACAGAGACCACCUACUGGCUGACCGGAAUGAAGGACCAAGAGUACAGCCUGCCAACCCCACCAACUGUGGAAAAUCAACAGCGUUUGCAGGCAGAAUUUUCAGACAUGAUUACCAGCUCUUUGCAGAAAAGACAGGCUGCUGGCAUAAAAAGCCGUAAACCAACACGGAUCGCCAGCUAUAAGAAAGGCACGCUGGAAUAUUUGCAGCUGAACACAACAGACCAGGAGAACACCUAUUUUUAGACCCGCAAGUGAGAAAGACUUCCACAAAUUAAAUCCCUGCAGUUAGGUAGCAACCUCAAGUGUCCUGUGACCUCAGUAAUACAGAAGAAUAGUUAGCCUUGGCUGCCCUAACUGGAACGUAGACUUUCUUCUGCGAAUCACAGGUGUGUUCUCAGAGGAAUAAUUCUUACUCUGGAAUCUUACCCUAACCGUCAUUCUAAGGAGCUUCCAUGUGGAAAAGAGAAGGAAAGAAUAUACCACCUAAAACUUGAGAUUUUGUUCUUAUUUCUUCUUAUUUCAUCGUUUUUGUUUUAUUUACUGGCUCGUUUUCAUUCUGUAAACAUUUGAGGAUUUUUUUUAAAAGUUGUCCCAAUUAUAUUUUAAAUACUUUGUGUCUCUUAAAGUGUACUUUGCUCGGACAUUUUGUAGAAAAUAUGCUAUAAAUUAAGAAUAAAAAUUAAAAGUUUUCUGAA